AGCGUGACCAGCUGAGUCACUGUUGAGUAUAUAGGUGGGGAGAUAGGCAGCAUGUACUGAUUUCUCUGGGCAGCUCCCUGGCUCAUUCUUGGCCAGACACAGUUACGGAAAGGACCGAAAGCGUAGCGUAAGCAACAUGUCUUCGCUUCUUCAUGUAGUAGGAAGAAGCAUGUCAGCAGCGAGGGUGUGGCGUCCGGUGUGCCCCAUCUUGCAGCGCCUCAGUCAACAACGGGCCACACCUCGUCUCAGGCCUUUUUCCUCAGCUAUGGCAAUGCAGAGCUCCCACCGCCAGCCCCAAUUGAAUGAAGAGCAAGAGGUGAAGUUGCUUUUCCCAGCCGAUAACAGGGUAGAGGACAUGAUGGCCAUGAACAGCCACGGCACUUGGGCUCAGGGCGGAUAUUUUAUCUUGCACUUAGAUCAACCAUUUGAUGAACAACAAUAUUUUAAAGCUGUUACUCAUCUGUGCAAUAAGGUUCAGCUGAUGAGGACCUGUUUCCGCCCCCGUGACAAACAGUGGUGGCUGUGUGAGAUGCCAGUACCUUCCAUCGACUUCCAGGUUGUUGAAGGGUCAGAUCCAAUUAAGGAAACACAGUCAGUGUUAAACAUGCCCUCAAAUUUGACCGAUGGACCUCUGUGGCGCGUUCGAAUUCUGACAUCUACCCCUGACGCCCUUCCUGUUCGGCCAGAGAUAAACAAAAAAUUUCCAUAUCGGAACACAGUGAUAUUUGAGUUCCAACAUUCAGCAUUUGAUGGCCUUGAUAUGGCGAUGAUUGUCAUGUGGUUCCAUAAGAUCAUUGAUGACAUGCUCAGCGGAAAGCCCAUUGAUGAUUCGCAAUUUGGUCAAAUUGCAGACCACAGUCAGACAUCAGAAAUUACCCAACAAAUAAAAUCAGCUCUUGAAAAUGAUCCUGAGCGGUUGAGUUCAUUACUUAAACUUAAAAAAGAAGAGCCGGCCACUUCAGUCCUCAUUGAAGCAUUUGGAGCAUCAGAACCCUCUCAGGCUGAGACAAUAUACUUGGAAAAUGUUUUUCUGAAUAAUUCAGACGUGGAUAAGUUUCAUGCCAAAUGUCAGUCUGAAAAUAUAUCGUUCAACGCUGGAUUUACAAAUGUAAUUAACACGGCUCUUGUUGACGUAGUAAGGGAGGCCGGCUUGACACGAGACGCCUACAAUCUUAGGAGUCGUGUUCCCAUUGAUAUGCGUCGUUACAUGAAAGGUUACUCCAAGUCCUUCCCUAUGGGCUUCCAUAAUGCUCCAAUGUAUCAGAACUUUUCAACACCUUACAAUGUCAAAGAUCAUUUCUGGAUGUAUGCAAAGCAGUAUGAUGUUCAGUUUCAGAAUAACUUGAAGAACAAAUUAUUUAUUGAAGAUAUGGUCAUUGAUAGAAUGCUUCGGCCAGCUGAUUUUUCUCCUGAGAAAUUCUUUGCAAAACCACAACCUAUUACGUUUGACUAUUUGUUUUUAAAUAUGUUUACACCUCUUUUAAGAACAUACGGAGUAGGUAAACAUGUUCAGCUAACAGAUAUGAGAAAUAUUGCAAAUAUUCAGGCUCUUGAUGCUGCAUUCAUGUGCACGUUAAUCAAAAUACGUGAAGAGGUCCAAUUUGAUGUCCGCUACUCGUCACGGGGAUUAACACAAAGUACAGCACAAAAUAUUAUUGACAAAACUGUUUCAGUCUUCAGUGAAAUUUGUAAAAAUAUAUAAUGUCAGAUCAAGGAAUACCUUAAUUUGCAAGAAAUCAUAGAUGACAAGAGUGGGUCACUUUGAGGCUCAAAUACCCAAAUUACAUUACAAAAUUUCGAUAUAUAUGACGUUGUUAUGUGUAAUGUAAAAAUAGCUCCAGCAAGUCAUUACUAGAUAGUAAGAGCUCUCAAAGCUUAAAGUGUCAUUAUCCAGCCCUUCCUCCUGUUUUGGGAGUACUUACAGUAACAAUGAGGACCACAGUAUACCGACGUACAACGAAAUCAGAAAGUAGAAAUCUGAACUAUGGAGUUGGACAAACCGCAAAACUAUUUUUUACUUGUGUUGUUUUGACACACAUCCUCAUGUUGAUGAUUCUUGUGCAUCUGGGAGCUCCAAGAAUUAUCCUCAUAGCUUCAUUUUUAAUUUUCUCUAAAGCUUUAUGUAUUCCAUUAUAUAAUGACCUUGACCAAGCUUUUAAGAUACAACAAGGAAGGAGCUGAGGUUGUAAACUGGGUAAAAUGAUCAUUAGGAUUUCUUCUUUUUUACACAAUAUACGUUUAUUGCAGAAUUGAGAUCUGUAAAAAAAUGGGGGGGGGGAUGUAAUUUGUGCAUUGGAUUUUUUUUCCUGUAGGCUCUCUCAGUAUUGUGAGUUUCAUUAUAGUUAACGGUACAUAUGAGAACUGUCAUUUAUCUCAACGGUUUUAUUUAUGAUUCUACAAUCAAUUUUUGCACCCUUAUUGCCGGAAUAAUCCCUUUCUCGUAUUAGAAAUGUAAUAAGAUUGACUCCAAUUAUGAUGCUGAAACCAUAUGUUAAAGAAUUCAGUAGCUCGAUACUACCUUCUUUGUAAGGGUGAUGAGAGACCCAACAUCACCCUUAAUACUUGUCAAGUAGUAAGCAGUAGUCAGAGAAAAAUUUACUAGUGCUGUUUGUUGGGAGAAAAGUGUUGCCAACUCACCAGCGAGCAACCUAUAUUCAAGCUGGUUGAGUGAAAGUGUUGCCAAUCUCAUUAAACUGAAUAUUCCUAUUGUAUGCAACGUACUAGUCAAUAAUAUUCCACUAUAUCUGUACCCUGAAAUACACGCCCAUCAGUAAAAAUUAUAAGGACAAACCCAGCACUCCCGAAUGCCAUAACACUUGAAACCAUUGAUUCCUUAUAAAUAACUUACGGCUUCACGAGCACUAUGCUUACGCUGAUGUCUCUCUUCUUGAUGGAAGGUGCAGUUUGCAUGAAGGGUUUACUCUCUACAAUGACUGCACGUGUACAAAUGUUGGGAGACGUGUUAAUGUUGAGAGUGACAAGGUUUCAAGUGUUUGUUGUGUUGUGGUGUAGAUAGAGAAGCGGCGAGUAAAGAGAGGCGCGUGUUAGAGGGAGACUUGUCACGCUGAAGGGCGGGGCGUUGUGUUUAUGGCGUCAGCUGAUCCUUGGUGCUGCGACGAGGCAGUUGUUUUCUGUGUUUGGCUGUUGGUAGCGACAGGUAUAAAUGUGACACAGGUCAAAUAUGGCCUAAUUUGUUGAUCGAUUGGAGAUAUUUAGCCAGUGCUUAGACUAUUUGAUAUUUUUCGUGUAACGAGAGGUCUCCUCCUCCUAAUAUGUGCUCGAUGGUAAAAGGUUUUUUUAAGUGUGAUAAGUAUUUGUCUGAAGUUUAAUCUGACACUAUGAUGUCGGCAACAGUGAAGGAGGUAGUGUUAGAUUGUUUCUGACACAUGCCAGUGGAUGUUCGUUAAUGACUGUUCUGUUUUUAGAGUUGUGUGCUUCCAGUUUGGUGUGUGUCCCAGCCUUAAUCUGGUCAUCGUUACAUCAAUUUAUCUGCUUUUAAUAUCAUGAAUGUUUCCAAGUUUACCAUUUAUUUUUAUGGACCCAUUGUACAGGGAUGAGAAUGACGUUUUCCAUUUCAUUACAAAAUCUUGGGUGAUGGUAUCUUCGAAGGCUCCUUACCGUGUUACGCGAGGAAUUGGAUGACGGGAAAUUUAAGGCGUGUUGUGCAUCGCUUUGGCCAGUUGAUCUACAAGUUCAUAGUGGUGUAUACCACAAUGUGCUGGGACCCAUUGGAUAGAAAUAUCAUAACCGUUCAAUCGAUGUUCA